AUGGCUCGAACCAAACAGUCAGCGCGCAAAAAUGCCUCUCCCUGUACACCACCCUCUUCAUCUUCUUCAUACGAAUCCAUAGAGCGUUCACCCUCUCCACCACCUCGCCCAACACCACCACACACCUCCUCUGCCUCUCCUUCUUCUAACACCAGUCAAGAAAUCCUCAAUCUUAUCCCUCUGUCUACUUUUCUUCCACCAUUGUAUACUCGCCCUACACCAAACUUUGCUCAAGUGCCUCCUCAUUUACGCAUUCGAAUCACUCCUCCACGAUGCUCCAUGCGAGUCCAAUCUGGAAUUGGUACUUCAAAAUCAAUGAACCCUAAACCCCAUUACUUCAUCAUCUCAGAUUCUGAGAGUGAUGAUUCCUCUGAUUCAUGUCCCCCAUCAGCAAAACCACCAACACAACUUGAACCAUCCAUAAAAACUACGCCCUCAGCAACACCACCACCACCACAACAUCCAUCAUCAACUUCAGCACAAGCACCAACAACCACUAAACCUUCCACACCUUCAAAAUCUGCCUUCUCCUCUAAACCGUCGCAAUCAACUCCUCCACACCAAAAACGGAGAUCGAUCAAUGACAUUGUUUCCCCUCCUCUCUCUCAACCCAAACCACAAACUAAAAUCAUGAAAACAAAAAUCACAAUGACCAUUGCUCAAUACCUUGCUCGUAAAAAUCUUCCAAAUCCUCAGAGAAGAAAAACUUUUGCCCCUAAACAAAACCUAAAAAGUUGUCUGAAACCCACCUCUCCAGAACAUUCUCCAGAAUGUUCCCCACCAAAAUAA